AUGGCAGUCGACAAGAUUGCCGAGGGGUCCGACAUCAACCUUCCUACUCUCGGGGUGGCCAUGGGGCUCAAGCAGACGUCCGCAAAGGGCUCUGCGUACCCGGCCGAUGCCCAUCCAUCGGGCAAGCGAGCGCAUGGCCGAGCAGUCCAGGUACUCCGAGGGCUGGCCCUGGGAGUCUACUUCUUCACCUGCUGCGUAACUAUCGUCAUUUCGCAAGUCCUUGGCAGCUGGUUGUACUUUGUGAACCGGGACCUCUACUAUGACUACAUGUCAAUGACCAAGCGAUGGUUUGCCGUGACGACAACCUUCGUGACGCAGGUCUGGGGUCCGACGACGAUUCGCAUCAGCGGCGAUGAGUCUGUAGCGGGAGAGAUUCGUCCUACUGAGGACGGUGGAGUGCAGUUUAGUUUUCCCGAGCGCUUGGUCAUGAUAGCGAACCAUCAGAUCUAUACCGACUGGUUAUAUCUGUGGUGGGUUGGCUAUGUCAACAAGCCUGCGGCGCAUGGCCACAUCUACAUCAUAUUGAAGCAGUCGCUGCAGUAUAUCCCCAUCAUCGGCUGGGGCAUGAAGUUCUAUGGGUUCAUUUUCAUGUCACGAAAGAUGGCGACAGAUCAGCCUCGAAUGGCCUACCGACUGGGCAAGCUCAAGCAGACCAAGACGGAUCCCAGCGGGAAGCAGUAUCGCGUGCCCAUGUGGCUUCUCCUCUUUCCCGAAGGCACCAAUAUCUCUGGGAAUGGUCGUCGGAAAUCUGCUGCUUGGGCGGAGAAGAACGGGUGGAAGGAUCCCGAGCAUGUGCUGCUGCCCCGCAGCACCGGCAGUUUCUUUUGUCUCAACGAGCUCAAGGGAACGGUCGACUAUGUUUACGACUGUACAGUGGCGUAUGAGGGAGUUGAGCGAGGCAAAUAUGGCGAAAACAUCUUUACCCUCUCUAGCACCUACUUCCAGGGCCGAUCGCCCAAGUCAGUCAACUUUUACUGGCGGAAAUUCAAAUUAUCCGAUAUCCCACUCGACGAUGCCGGCAAGUUUGAUGUCUGGCUGCGCGAAGAGUGGUACAAGAAGGAUGCUCUGAUGGAGCAGUACCUGACGACUGGACGCUUCCCUGCCAUGGCGGGAUCCAAGGUGGAUUUCAUCGAAACCAAAGUCAGGACGAAGUCCCCUCUCGAGGUUCUGCAGGUCUUCACCAUUGUCGGCAUCACGGGCCUUGUCUGGCGCAAUGUGCAGAAGUUUGGUGGUGUGGUCGCCAACAGGUUCGGUCUUCUGAUGUGA